GCUAUUCAGAGAUCAGAUCCCACAGAGGGUCCAGGCUGUCUGCACUCGUGCAGCUGUGGUGGCUGUCAGCAGCUGUUGGAGCUGCUCUGAGGCGCAUUCAGCUCCGUCAUGAAGCUCAGGCUGCUGCUCGCUCUGCUCUCAGUCUGUGAAUGUGACAGCAGGGUCAAAGGUCACACAGGUCAGGACGUCACUCUGCCCUGUAAAUAUGACAGGAAAUAUCACGGCGCCGUGGAAGUGUGCUGGCAGCGAGGAGAAAUACCGCUCAACAAGUGCUCCAAUCAGCUGAUCUCCACAGAUGGAGACAAAGUGUUAACCAGAGCUUCCAGCAGGUAUGAGCUGCUGGGCCGACUGGAGGACGGAGACGUGUCUCUGACCAUAAAGAGCCUGACAGAGGGAGACACUGGACGAUACGGCUGCAGGGUGCAUAUACCCGGGCUGUUCAACGAUGAGAAGCAUCAGAUCGACCUGACCGUUGUCCCAGCUCCACAAAUUCACACAUCAACAGCCUCGACGACAAAGACCACCGCGGCCUCUCAGACUGCAGGUCACCUGACCUCCACAGAAAGCCUGCUGACUUCCUCCCACAGUGUGACGAGCGGCAGUGAGAAGCAGGAGGGCGGAGCUCUGACGGGCGUUGUGUUCUACGUGCUGCUGGGUUCGGUGUUGCUGCUCCUCAUCGCAGGAGGCCUGAAGCUGCUCUGCAGACGCCCUCAGAAGUUUCAGCAGUUCGACACCUCGGCCCGCUUCAGCUCCACGUCGUCUGCUGUGCAGCUUCACAGCAAAAGCUCCGCCGGGGACGCCGUGUACCACAUCAGCGGCAGCGAAGGCGUAUACGAGAACUACUUCUGCAGCUCUGAGGCUCCGCCCACUCAGCUGCCGGGGCUGAAGACGAUAUAACGAAUAACAACAGGCUUUCUGGAGUUUGAGCCAGAGCUGUGCCUUCAUUUCUGUCCAAUCAGAGAGCUUCAGGUGGUAAAUCUCCCUCAGGUGGGAGGGUCUGUAGGCAGCAGGUGGUUAACAGACUAACA